UGGUGUCAGGUGCAUGGCGGCAGUCAGUAGUAUGGAGUGUGUGAAAGGUGUUAAAGGAGUGAUUUUAGACAUGUGUGGAGUUCUGUAUGACAGCGGAGAGGGUGGAGGGAUACCGAUUCAAGGAUCCAUAGAGGCAGUGAAGAGGCUCAUGGACUCGGGUCUGAUCCUGCGCUUCUGCACUAAUGAGACUCAGAACACGCGAGAGAAGUUCGUGCAGAAACUGCGGAGAAUGGGGUUUGACAUCAGUGUGAGUGACGUGUUCUCGCCUGCGCCUGCGCUCAUGCGCAUCCUGAGAGAGAGAGGACUGCAGCCACACCUGCUGGUGCAUGAUGAUCUAAUCCCAGAGUUUGAUGGUAUAGAGAUGAAUUCUCCAAACUGUGUUGUCAUUGGAGACGCAGCAGACCGGUUUUCCUAUGAGAAUUUGAACGAAGCUUUCCGUGUUCUGAUCGGACUGAAGAAGCCGAUUCUCUUCUCUCUGGGUCAAGGACGCUACUACAAGGAGACUGAUGGUUUAAAGUUGGAUGUGGGGGUUUUCAUGAAGGCACUGGAGUACGCCUGUGAUGUUCAGGCAGAGGUCGUUGGAAAACCAUCACCAGAAUUCUUCCAGAGCGUUCUGAGAGACAUGAAUCUACAACCGCAUGAAGUUGUGAUGGUUGGCGAUGAUCUGGUUAAUGAUGUGGGUGGAGCUCAGCGUUGUGGAAUAAAAGGUGUUCAGGUCAGGACGGGUAAAUACAGGCCGAGUGAUGAAGAUCAUCCCAGCGUGAAAGCAGACGCGUAUGUGGACGACCUUGCUGCUGCUGUGGACGCAAUACUGACACAAAAACACUAACUGAUCUCAGAUCUGUUAACUCAACUUGUUUUGUGAAAGAUGAAUUAAAUGAAACACAAGUCGUUAACAAAACAAAUCAUCAAUUUGUUCAAAGAUGAUAAAGUCUAUUUUAAGACCAAGAGUUAAAUUCACUGUAACAUUACUACCAUGAAUAUCAAGCAGUUGUCUCCAUAAAAGUUUGUUUUCUUGAUGCAGAAUAUAAUUCAUAUUAGGAUGAAAUCUCAGCCGGGUGUGUUGCAGAUUAUUUUGUAGGUAGUUAGUUUAACGUUUGCAUUGUUAAAGCAGCGAGCGAGGGAGUAAGGAGCAUUCAGGACAAUAGUGGGAAAUCUCUGGUGUCCUUGCCCUGGACAGACACGCUUCAUACAGCAGCGCACGCGGCAGACUGCAGAACAAACAUCUGAGAUCUUUUGUUAAUCUGGAGCAGAGGUCACACACACGCACACACACACACGGUGCCUUUUUCUCACGCCAGCUUCUUUAAAUUGGGAACUGAGUGUUUGUGUGUUUGUUCAGGAAGUUCAGUCUGCUGUCCUACUUUCAACAUGACUUCUUUCACAACAGACACUAAAGCUGUUGGUCUCAAUCUUAUAUAUUGUGUUGAAUUUGAAGCGUAAUAAAGUUCAGUUUGUUUUGCGUGAGCAGAAGCAUAAAAAGAGGAGCAGGAUUAAAGAUCAUCAUCCUGAAAUGAAAAUGAGCCCAUAUUUUACUCACCCUUGACUUUUUUGUUUCAGUCAGAGUUAUAUUUUACAUGAUUUCAUUUUUUCAACUUGUGAUUGUGUGUAAGGAUGUUGGUGUUUGAGCAGAAGAAAUAUUUGCAGUUACAACACUCAACAUUCACUGUAAAGUGAGAUAUCAUUUCUUUAACAGAAAAGGACAACAAUAAACAUCUGAUAAAGGCCUAUAGCUUUCUUCUUCUUCAUGUCGUGAUGUCUAUCAUUUGAAACACAGCCCCUAAGACACUGAUUCUCAAAACUGGAGGGGGUUUCCUAGGAA